AAAAUGACUGGCGCAGGCGCACUCGAUUGCAUCGGUGGCAGAAAUUCGGGCCUUUGUUUGUUCAUGCACUCUCGCGAGCCUGCCUCGGUGGUUCGAUCGCUCCAAGGCUCAGAAUUGUGCAGGGGCCGAAUGAGACGGGGCAGGACGCCAGGCAAUGACGGUGGACCACCAGUAGCGCUUUGUGUAAUAAGAAGGCUGACCUAUGUCUCCCUCUUCCCCUCAUUAAUCCUUCUCCCUUCUUGAUCGCUCCCAUCACCACCGUUACGCUCCUUUUUCUCCUUGUCCCUGUCCGGACCUUUCUUACGCUCAUUUCACCAACACCCAUUUGCGACGUCUAUCGCCACCACUCUUUUUCCUUCAAACACGCUCUUUUCCACAGACUCUUUCCGAAAGCGACACCAUAACGUACGAGAUUAGCCAGGAUGCCAGCUGUUGCCUCUUCCUCCUCGUCGUCUUCUCACCGCAACUCAUCCUUUUACGGUCGGGCUCGCUCAUCUUCCUCCAAUUCUUCCACUUCUACCGCGUCCACAAGCAGUGGAACGGUGGACGACGUCAGCUUUGGCGCCAACACAACGGUGGACAGCACUUCUUUCUUCACGAGCAGCGGUAGCAGCAGCUCCAAGAACAGGCAAUCCAGGGUCUCGCCCGUCAAGCAACAACAACAUGCCGCUGCCGUGAGUGCCGCUGCCAGACGAUCAGCGUCAAAGCAGGUCGAGAAGCGGAAGAUGGCUGCUUCGACGUCGGCCUCGACACUUCAGAGCAUCGACGUGCUCCGAGGCACUGGCAUGCGCUCCAUCAUCGAGGAACCUGAGUAUGAGGAGGACAUUGUUGCACAUAUGCACCACAUGGAAACCGAAACAGUAGCCUGCGUCGAGCUCAUGGAUGCUCAGCCCGAGCUGCGAUGGUUCAUGCGUCCUUACCUCGUCGACUUCAUCGUCGAGAUUCACCAGACCUUUCGGCUUCGACCAGAGACGCUCUUCCUGACAAUGAACAUUGUCGACCGUUAUGUCUCCAAGCGAAUCGUCUACAAGCGUCACUACCAGCUCGUCGGCUGUGCGGCGCUGCUUAUCGCUUCCAAGUUUGAAGACGCCAAGGACCGUGUACCCACCGUUGCUGAGCUCGCACAAAUGUGCUGCAGCGCUUACGAAGAGUCUGCCUUCACUCAGAUGGAAGGUCACGUCCUUUCGACGAUCGGUUGGGUUCUUGGCUUCCCCACGCCCGAGGCAUGGCUCCGCCUGUCAUUCCUCCACCAGCCGCAAGACCAGAAGACAAUGUCGGUGGCGCGCUUCCUCGUCGAAGCGACGCUGUUUCAGCGUGACUUCAUUGGUGUGUUUCCUUCGCACCUCGCCGACGGCGCGCUACUUCUUGCUCGCUGCAUUUGCGACGCCCAGAGUGCCGCCAUUGACUCGGCAUCAUCGGACAAGGACACUCUUGACGCUGCCAAGCUCAUCGACAACUACUUGGCGGAAAAUGCAUCGGAGUUGAGCAGCAUCCUCGUCAAGAAGUACAGCUUUUCGCAUUUCUCGCAAGCCUCUCUCCACGUUCGUGACCACUACAUCAACUGCCCCUCCGACCGCCGUGCCACGGUCGCUGCCGCCAUGACGGGCCUACUGCCCGCCCAGAGUGUCAGCGCGACGAACCUGGCCAACCAUCAGCAGCAGUCUUCGAGCUUCAGCACGCCUCGCCGGUCUUCCGAAGUCGAUGAUGAUGAAGAUGACGCGUCGAUGCGCUCGCGGUGCACAACACCGUCGAGCAUGAUCUCGACUCCAUCACGCAUGUCAGGCGACGACGACGGCGACUACGACGAGGAAGAGGAAGAGGAGGAAGAGGACUGCGACAUGCCUGUUACUCCCUUGAGCCUCAACUCGCUUCACGACCCUCUUGUUGCAGCUAGCAACAAAGUUUCUUCGGUGGCGCCCAGCAACACGGCUCAGUCUUCUUCGUCGCAACAGCAAAGCAACGCCGGCAAGGAGAACAUGACUUCGGCGAAUGUUCCUCAGCUCAAGGUGACUGGCGUUACUACCGAACGACAAGCUCUGAGCACUGCGAAAUGGGACGGCAACUCACGAAUGGCAGCAUGAACCAUCUUCUCCACUCUCUCUCCCCUCUAAUCUUUCAUCAUCAAGCAGCAUCACGACCACAUCCUUCAUCGAAUAUACCGGCUGGAUUUUCCUCCUCACCACAGGCAAUACCCACUUUCGCCGCCCCAGUUUCAAGUCAACAGCAUCUUUCCCUGCUCUUCAAUCCCAAUUCUAGCGAACCACAAAAGACAAAGUGCAUGUAUCAUUCCCUUUUUCAAGCGCAAUUUACACAUGAAUCCUGCUCGUCU